CAACUCUGGAUCCGUCUCCUGCCUUGGCUGUGGGUGGAGCUGGAGUGGCUCUUCAGGACACAGAAUUAGAGCCAAAUGUGGGAGGUUCCUGAAGUCACCUGUGGGCUGCCUCCUCCMUUUCCUGGACCCGGGCUGCCUGCGAGGCACUUUAAAUUGCUGGUUGGCACAGCUCUGGACACAGACUCCGUCAGCAUGGCACGAAGCGUCCUCCUGCUGGGGCUCCUCGCCCUGUGGGCACAGCUGCAGGCAGCACCCAUUGCAGAGUUCCAUGGAGUAGCUCCAGAUGGGUGGCCACCACCAGGGCAGCCAGGAAGUGUCCUGCACCYUGAGCCUGGAAAAGAGCCCAUCAUGGUGCCUGGCAACAAUGAUGGUGAUGGUGACAAUGACAACAACAGCUCCAAUAGCAAUGAAAAUGGUGACUACAAUAGCAGUGAAAAUCAUGACUCCAGCAGCAAUGAAACUGGUGAUGAUGGCAGCAAUGCYAAUGACUGUGAUGGUGAUGAUGGUAAUAAAAAUCAGCUUUGUGAUGGCAGUGACCACAAUCAUGGUGACAAUGACAUUGAUGAUGAUCAUAGUGAUGAUGAUGGUGUUGAUCAUGUCAACGGUGACAAUUCCAAUAGCAAUGAAGAUGGUGAUGAUGGUGUUGAUGGUGACAACUACGGUAGCAAUGAAGAUGGUGGUGAUGGUGUUGGUGAUGAAGAUUUCAGCAGCAGUGAAGAUGGUGAUGAUGAUGUCUAUGGGGACAAUUCUGGUAGCAAUGAAGAUGGUGAUGAUGGUGUUSGUGAUSAAGAUUUCAGUAGCAGUGAAGAUGGUGAUGAUGGUGUCUAUGGGGACAAUUCCAAUAGCAAUGAAAAYGGUGACUCCAAUKACUWUGAAAAUGAUCACUCCAAUAGCAAUGAAAAUCGUGCCGAUUAUGGGGGGUGGAGAUUUUAGAUUGUAAGGUUAUAACUGCCCAGAAUUUUCAGGGAUUUUUGGGUCCCUCUUCUGUGGCACCCAGUUCAGGCUACCAGAUUUCGUGAUUGAUCUUUGUCAAUAAAUGUAUCUGGUGGAUGUGAGAGCCUA